AUAUGCACAAAACCAAAUUCACAAAGCAACAAUUUUGAAGAGUGGGAACCUUUCAAAUGAUGUUGAAUUAGCUAUAUGUCUAUUCUGAAAAGAAGAAAUUAAGCCUGAAAGAGCUAAUUCCCGCUUCUCUUGGUAAGGUUCUCAGUUCCCUUUUACUGUUGAAUUUUCAAAUAAGCUCUGGUUCCUGUGUGAAGGAAUGGGAGACACAAACAAUAUCCAGAUGCCAAGAGUGAAGCUGGGAUCUCAAGGGCUUGAGUGUUUUAUUUUUGUACAGGUUUCCAGAUUAGGAUUUGGAUGUGGAGGACUUUCUGGAAUAUACAAUGAUCCCCUCUCACAUGAAGCUGGAUGUUCAAUAAUAAAAGAAGCUUUCAGUAAGGGUGUCACCUUCUUUGAUACUUCAGACCUUUAUGGAAAAGAUCAUCACAACGAGAUCAUGGUGGGCAAGGCCCUGAAGCAGCUUCCUAGAGAAAAGAUUCAAUUAGCAUCAAAAUUUGGGGUUACUAUAUUGGGCGGUGGUCAAUUUGGGGCCAAGGGCACCCCUGAGUACGUACGAAAAUGCUGCGAAGCUAGUCUAAAACGACUUGGCCUGGACUAUAUUGAUCUCUACUAUCAGCACCGGAUAGAUGUCUCAGUGCCUAUAGAGGAUACAAUGGGCGAGCUCAAAAAGCUGGUGGAGGAGGGGAAGAUCAAGUAUAUCGGAUUAUGCGAAGCUAGUGCAGACACAAUAAGGAGAGCCCACGUGGUUCAUCCUAUCACUGCAGUUCAAAUGGAGUAUUCUCUGUGGACUCGUGAAAUUGAAGAAGAUAUAAUCCCACUUUGCCGAGAGCUGGGUAUUGGCAUAGUGGCUUACAGCCCUCUAGGCCGAGGCUUCUUCGGCGGAAAGGCAGUUGUUGAGAAAGUACCCAGUGUUAGUAUAUUGGCCAACUUUCCGAGGUAUAAUGGAGAGAAUUUGGAGAAGAACAAACUACUAUAUGCCCGAGUAGCUGAGCUUGCUGCAACCCAUAAUUCUACACCUCCUCAACUGGCAUUGGCAAGGCUUCUUCAUCAAGGAGAUGAUGUUGUCCCAAUCCCUGGGACAACCAAAGUUGAGAACCUCCACAACAACGUUGGAUCAGUGGCACUAAAGCUCAAUGAAGAAGAGUUGAAAGAAAUAUCUGAUGCAGUUCCAGUGGAUGAGGUUGCUGGGCACAGAGAAUGGGAUGUGUUCAGAAAGUACUGUUACAAGUCUGCAGUCACACCCGCCAAACCCAUCAAACAUUAUUGAAUUCAUUGCAUCUUCUUUCUCAUGCCCUCAGCUACUCUUAAAAAGUCUAAACUGCAUAUUUGUAAUUCUGGCGGUGAAUGGUAACAUUUGUAAUCAACUCCCCUCCCUAUCUCCUUUUAUUAUAUUAUAAAUAAUUUACUCCAUAUUUUAAUUUUACUUAAAAAUGUGUGCGUGUUCCACUUCCAA